AUGAACUCCAUCAAGGCCGUUUCGGUCCUCUCGUUCUUCGCCACCUUCGCUGCCGCUUGGCCCAUGAACACGACCACUACUUCAUGGGAAUCUACCAAGUCUUCUAGCUCUAGCUGGGAGUCUUCCAAGUCACCAAGCUCGACUUGGACGGCUUCCUCAAGCGCCAAGUGGACUCCUAGCUCGAGCUCUACCUGGACUCCUUCCUCAAGCGCCAAGUGGACUCCUAGCUCGAGCUCUACCUGGUCUUCGACCAGCUCGGCUGAGACCUAUGCAUGCAACCCAGCUCACAGCUAUCCUGGAGGUGCUUCAUGCAUCAGCACUGCUGGAUCUUUGACUCUUGUCACGCCUACUCAAAGCACCACGUACACGACCACAUACACGACUGAUUAUGUUACCUACUGUCCUACUCCUACCGUUGUGACUAUUAACAGCAAGACGAUCACAGUCACUUCUGCGACAACUUUGACAGUUCCUUGCCCAACAUGCGUCAAGACCUCUGUGGUCACCAAGCCAAUCAACCAAGUCUCUACCACCAACGCACCUGCUCCCAGCUCAUCUGCCAUUGGCUGUGCCGCAAGCCUUUCCAAGUGCCAGACGAGUCCUUCUCCUUAUGGCGGUUCCGCCAACGAGGCCUACUGUGCUUCUGAGAACGCAAAGUGCCAGGGUGCAUGCUACGCAUCCUACAACACCUGCAGAACCACUCGUGGACCCGAUGGCCUUUCUGCCAACCAGGCCCAAUGUGCUUCCGAGUAUGCACAAUGUCUUGGUGAAAAUCCCUUCGCCUCGACCGGAGGAUUGAUCUCAACUUACAUCCCUUACACUGCCACUGCAAGCUCGUCCGCCCCCGUCUCAAGCUCGACUGUCUGGGUGACCUCGACCACAGUUUACGUCACUGACUACGUUACAUUCUGUCCUCAGCCCACUGUCAUCACUGUCAACAAGCAGACGAUCACUGUGACCAAACCGACCACCCUCACAGUACCUGUGCCCACCACCCAGGUCAUCACCAAGUCCACAGUUGUUCCUGUUUCUUCAGCUCCUGCCAGCUCGAAGCCCGCCACUCAGCCCGCUUCUCAGCCCGCAUCUCAGCCCGCAUCUUCGCCCGUCGCCCCCGUCUCGACUGGACCUGUUGCUCCUGGAACUGUUUGUGUUCCCCAGACCGUGACUGUUACCCAAUAUGUCACCGUUUCCAUGAAUAAGGAAACUUCCAUGGCUUCUCCUGCUCCUCCUGCUUCCACCAAGGCUUCGUCAUCUGCUCCCGCUCCCAGCAGUCCUGUCUCGUCCGCUCCUGCCUCAUCUGUUCCCGCUUCAAGCAAGCCUGCAACCUCAGCCCCUGCUCCCUCUGCAACCCCUGCUGGCAAGUGCCCUCUUGACCUGAAGGCUGGUUCCUACGAAUACCCCCACGGCCUUCGCGUGAACGGUGUCAACGGAUACAACAUCACCGUCAACAAGGACACCAAGACCGAUGUCUCGUUUGACAUUCCCCAGGCUGAUGCUGGCAAGACCUGCAGCACCUACUUCUCCCUCCCCAAGUCUUCUGACCUCAAGACCUCUGCCUACGGCUUGUCUGGCUCUGGCAUGAUCAAUGUUUCCAAGGGCGGCAAGGUCAUCAACAGCUUUGCUCCUGUUGCUGGCAAUGCUUACCUCAUCGAGAGCGGCAAGUGCGCUGCUGGCCAGUCCGUUGCUUACACCUUCAGCACCAGUGACUCGGUUUCUGUUAACCUGUUCAACGACUACAACCCUUGUGCUGUUGGUGCCUUUGUCACCGUUGCUUAA